AUGACUUCGGAUUGGUCGUUUACCCAAGGAGGUCCUGAAGAAGACCCAAGCAACGAGUUUGAGGUUGGACUACAAUUUGGAAACAAGGAAGAAGUCAUGUUGGCAGUUAAGCAGUACAGCAUCAGGAGGGCUGCGGAGUACAAAAUAGUAGAGAGUGACCAUUGGAGGUACAAUGUACGAUGUAUCCAGAUCGGACCCGAUUGUAAUUGGAGCAUACUCAUAUCAUAUCGCCGAAAGCAAGAAAAGUGGGAGGUUAGGAGAUACACUGGUCCUCAUACUUGCAUGCAAACUUCGAUGGGGCAAGAUCAUCGUAGGUUGGAUUUGAAUGUGAUUGCGCAACACAUUUUCACGAUGGUCAAGGCCGAUCCAACAAUCAGCAUCAGGGUUCUACAAGGAGGUGUGGAGAAUCAUUUUGGUUUCAAGGUGUCGUACAGAAAGAUGUACUUGUCAGUGACACAGCCGUGGCCUGCCUCGACUGACACUGUGAUGUUUCAUCGGGUCUUUUGGACAUUUCCACCGUGUGUUGAGGCCUUCAAGCAUUGCAAGCCACUUAUCUCUAUAGAUGGCACCCACCUAUAUGGGAAAUACGGUGGAACUUUGCUGAUGGCCAUAGCGCUAAACGGCAAUGCAAACAUCCUGUCCAUUGCAUUCACAUUUGUUGAGGGGGUGUUAGUGAUUUCAGACAGACACAAGUCCAUUGAUGGAGCACUGAAUGUCGAAGGGAGUUUAUGGAAACCGCCUCAUGCCUUCCAAGCGUUUUGUACAAGACACAUUGCAGCCAACUUCAUGACCCACUUUAGGAACAAAGAAUCGAAGAAGUGGGCACAGCAUGCUGAUGAGGGACGUCGAUUUGGUCACAUGACGAUCAAUAUCUCCGAAUGCAUUAAUGCUGUCAUGAAGGGUUCCCGGAAUUUGCCAAUCACGGCUCUUGUUAAGUCAAGAUAUUUUCGUUUGGGUGAACUUUUUGCAAGGAAGGGUUCUGAGGCACUGGCACAACUUUAG